ACAACACCUUCAAAGAUCGGCCCUCGGAGUCAGACGAGCUACAGACCAUCCAAGAGGACAGUGCAGCAGCUUCAGAGAAUUCGGAUUUGAUGGCUUCACAAAAACGCUCCUCUUUCCGGCACGGAUCAAAAAUGGCAUCUGCGAGCAUUACAGACCAUGCUAGACAUGGAUCUCCAAGGCACAGAGACUCGGGUCUACUUGACUCGCUGGGCAGAUUCUUUGGAGGUGAAAGACACGUUCCCCGGCGGGGCUCGGGCAAGGAUAUACACGUGGCCAGGGCCAGCCACCACGUAGGGUCCAUCCCCCAGAGAUCUCAGCAUGGCCGGCCUGGUGACGACAACCCUGUAGUCCACUUCUUCAAGAACAUUGUCUCGCCCCGUACACCUCCCCCAAUGCAAGCAAAGGGUGGUGAAGGACACAAGCCAGGAUAUGGAGGAAGCGGAAAAUUCUAUGAGCAUAAAUCUGCUCACAAGGGACAUAAGGGAUCCUAUCAUGAGGGCCAGGGCCCUCUUUCCAAAAUCUUUAAACUGGGAGGCUCUGGGUCCCGACCUGGAUCGCGAUCUGGUUCACCAGUUGCUAGGCGCUGAAGCUCUAAGAUGCCAUCCAAGGAUCAUGUACUCUGCUUCAUAAUGUAACUGCCUUAAAAUUAAUAACAACUGCAACAAUUACCUAGGUAGAUGCAAUCCAUUACUUAAUGCCAAUUAGGUUCUGCAUGCAGUAGAUUAUACAAACUUCUAUUGGCAAUCCCUGACCAACAGUUGAAUGAAAGGAACAUAAAAAAUACCUUUAGUAGAUGUUUUCCUUAUUUUAUGUGAAGUAAUAAAAUCUCUGACUUUACUCGUUCUUCUUCAGGAUGCCCUAACUGUAUGCUGGACUUCAUUAUUUCUCCCAGGCACCUAAUUUGAGCUCAAGUCUUCUGGUAUUGUUUUAGUGAAUGAACAUCAGCAUUACAAAUAAAGAGCUAAUGUCUUGGAUACUGAGCACUGCUGUUAAUGAAUUUCUGAGACACUGCUGUUUAAAAAAAAAAAAUCCACCAUGUGCAGAAGUUGUAAGGACUGUUUAUCCAAAUACUUUUUUUGAUUUGGUUUUGUUUUGUUUUAAUCUUCCUUCUCUCACUCACAGAAUAAUUUAUUUUCAUAACAGGAUUAGGCAGUCAUGGAAAGGUUUACCAAACAUUGGGAGUUCAAGGUAUGUGAAGUGUGGGAGGGGGCAGAUGUUGUGGAAUCAGUACGAUGCAGAGCAAUAAUAAUAAGGAAAUUCUUUCCAUACCAUGAAUUGCUCAUCGCAUCCAAACCAUCAGAAUUAAGAGCAGAUGAGGGAGAGAAAGAGGAUUUAAAAUUUGAGUUAGACUAAUGUUAGAAACAAGGGAUAUUCCCAGAGAAGAAACAUCUAAGAUUGCAUAAGUGACCACUGGACGUCAGUGGUGCUUCACAGAAACUCUGCUGCAACAGCAUUAACUUUGCAGUACAAUAAAUAAGUAAAUAAAUACAUGAACAAAUAAGUCUAAUUUCUGAAAGAGAGCCCUUCAGUACUGGUAUCUCGGAUAGUUCUGCACAUCUCACAUUAGAAUUUCAAAUCUUCCUCUUGGUACUGCAGCAGUGUUAUAUUUGGCAGGCUCAUCUUUUGCCUGCGUAACAUCUGGAUGCCUAUUAAAGGCAGUGCACCAAAACAAACUCAUAGCAAACUACUGUGAACAUUUAACUGUUGUACUGUAGUUGCCUUAUAGAAAUCAAUUAUAGCUGAGUUAGAUUUAGAUAUUAAUUGUUCACAAAUUACUAAAACGAAUGUGUGGCAAUGGCAUUUCCAACCACACUUAGGGAAAUAAAAAGCUCUUCUGAAUUGCACUGUUUUAUUACUUAAACUUACCAUUUCUUCAAGCUAUCAUCUAAGUGUCUGAUUAAUUAUUGUAUUUUUUUUAGUUUUAGCCUUUGCAUUGUAGACUACAGUUAAUGCUUCCCAGGUUGAAGCUGAAUUCCUAAUAAGUGCCCAGUAAAAUUUACCUAAAAUAUGUAUGUUAAUCGCAUUUCACAUCUAAAUCUAUUAUUGUAGGUUUAAAUCAGUGUCCAUUAAUAGGAAGCAAUGAAAGAUGAGAGGACAAAAAAUGCAUAGAAACUAAAGAAAACAAAACCGCCAAAAUUAUUAAGCAUACACACACGUAUUACAUCUUCUAUUACCUACACUGGUUGCUAUGUGUAUUUUUCUACUGUAGCUUCAUUCAGAUGUAUACUCUGCAACAUAAUAGUUGAUUUUAUUUGAACACAUAUUGUUCUUAGAGGAACACAGCUUUUAAAAAUAUUAUUGAAAUAAAGUAAUCAACUUGAAAUGAAA